AUGCUCAUGCACUCACUCCAUGUCGCCCGCCUCCUCAUCUCAUCUCAUGUCUCGCACCCAGCCAGUCUCGCCUCACCACGACUCGCAUCCCUAACCAUCCCCAUAUGCCUUAUUGGACAAGAGUUGUGGAACAAUCUCAAGGGAGAGUUUAAACAUUCUAGUUUGUUUCAUGCGGCCAAACGGCAUCUUAAUGGCAGCCGUUUCUGCGCAGUGGUGAAGGAGGAGACGAUCACACGCAAAGGAAACAAGACGACGUUGGUGUUGGUUCCCCCCUCUCGUCUGCAGGGUCCUCACUUUCCUGGUGCGACGCGAUCGUCAUGCUUCCAUGUUGAGACGACCUCAUGGUGUUCUCACCAAAUGUAG